UGCCCCUGCCCAGCAGGCCGCCUAGCCAUCCCCGUCGCCGCAGCCUCAAAGGCGCCGCGGAGCGAGGGUCAAAGAGUCGUCGGAUGGCGGCGCGGAGCAAAGGCCGGAAGAGGUCCGCGCAGCCCCAGCGCGGGUGCCUGCGCGUGUGCAGCCGCCACAACGAAUCCCAACCGCCCAGGAGACAGCCGAGAUGUGGGCCAAGACGAGCUUCGUCGAACGCGUUCGGGCCCUGGUCGGAGUCCGAGAGCUUAUGCUCUCCGGGGUACGAAUCGAAGUCAUCUUUGAUGUUAGACUGGGCUGGGCCAAACACUUCGUGCCGCUGGCCACCCCGACUGCAAGGCCCUCAAAUGCAGGCUGGGCCGCAGAUGCACCAGGAGGCGAUGCCAGGCAGAAUGCUCCCAGGCUCCGGCUAGCCACAGGGGCAGAUGGGCGUGCCGCAGGAGGCACUGCCGGGCAGAAAGCCUGUCCUCGGAUACGACGUGCCGCAGGGGCAGAUGGGACCCGGGCCGCAAGCGGGUUUGCAACCGCAGCCGCACCCGAGCCCAUACGAGUACUGGAAACAGCAGGCCAUGCGUCGUGUCGAGCCAGGAGUGGGUCGUUUCCAGCCGGGGAUGCCUCGUUCCCGGCCGGCAAUACAUCCAUCCCGGCCGGCAAUGCACCCUUCCCAGCCAGCGAUGCAUCCGUCACAGCCGGCGAUACAUUCUUCCCACCCCCCCGUCGGAUACCCGGGACGGUAGAUGGCGGCUUCCUUCCCGGGCCACGCAGGCCAGAUGCAAAUGGGUCCGCAUCAGGGGCUGGAACAGAGUGGGUGGCAACAACAGCAGCAGCUCUACCAUCACCACCACCACCAGCAGCGAUAGCAGCGAAAGCAGCAGCAGCGGCUGCACCGGCAGCAGAUGGGGUAUAACAGCGGCGCAGCUACCAGCGGCGUGGGCAUGAUGGGAGGAGGAGGGGGGUUACGCGGCGGCACUAGUGGCGGCGCCGGAACUACAGUUCACCGGCCGCGCAUUUGACUUCAACUUUAUUAGAGUCCCGGAUACGGCACUCGACGACAGCGGCUGCGGCGGCGGCCCAGGACAGCAGCAGCAGCAGCAGCAGCAGCAG